AUGACUGCCGCCACCACUGCCAGCGGCAACGGCGCUGUCGACCAGGUUGCCGACAAGCUCGCACAGACCACACUCCCUGCCUCGUCCAACGGCACCAACGGUGACUCGAAUGGCCACACCAACGGCGACCACGGCAACGAGGACGAGGGCGAAGAUGGCGAAGAUGAUGAUGACGACGAAGACGAGGCUGACGCUGGUGCUGCCGCCGAUACCGGUGCUGCCAAGAAGAAGAAGAAGAACAAGAAGAAGAAGAAGAAGUCCAAGGCCAAGAUGACACAGACCGUCCCCCCUCGUGUCGGUCUCACAAAGAUCUUCACCAACGGCAAGUACCCCGUCGGAGAGAUCCAGGAGUACGACACAUCCAAGUUCAGCGAGGAGAGGAAACGUGUCACGGGCGAAGAGCUCCGCGAACGCGAGAGACUCGUCCAGCAGGAGGAAGGUUUCGACUACAACAUCAUCCGCCGUGCUGCCGAGGUGCACAGGCAAGUGCGUCAAUACGCACAGAGCGCCAUCAAGCCCGGCAUGAGCAUGAUCGAGAUUGCCGAGAUCGUAGAGGACGGCACGCGUGCGCUCGUCGAGGCCGAGGGCUUCGAGUCCGGUAUCGGUUUCCCCACUGGUGUCUCGGUCAACGAGUGUGCCGCGCACUACACUCCCAACGCAGGCGACAAGCGUGUGCUCCAAGCCACCGACGUGCUCAAGGUGGAUUUCGGUGUGCACGUCAAGGGUCGCAUUGUCGAUUCGGCGUUCACGCUCAACUUCGAGCCCACCUGGGACCCUUUGCUCGCUGCCGUCAAGGCCGCCACCAACGCCGGUAUCAAGGAAGCCGGUAUCGAUGCGCGUCUGGGCGAGAUUGGCGCUUCGAUCCAGGAGGUCAUGGAAUCGCACGAGUUCGAGGCCAACGGCAAGACGCACCAGGUCAAGUGUGUGCAGAACCUCAACGGACAUAGCAUCGAGCGUUACUCGAUCCACGGCGGCAAGUCGGUGCCCAUCGUUGCGAUGCCCGACCUCGACGUCAGGAUGGAGGAAGGCGAAUACUACGCCAUCGAGACGUUCGGCUCUACAGGUCGAGGUUACGUGAUCGAUCAGGGCGAGUGCUCGCACUACGCGCGAAAGAAGAACCUGCCCAAGUCGAUCCCUAUCCGCGUCCACUCGGCGCACGGUCUGCUUCGCACCAUCAACAAGCACUUUGACUCGUUGCCGUUCUGCAGACGUUACCUCGACCGUGCCGGCGAGAAGAACUACCUCUUGGGUCUCAAGCAUCUGGUCUCGUUGGGCGUGGUGCAGGACUACCCGCCACUGUGCGAUAUCGCCGGUGCCAUGACGGCGCAGUACGAACACACCAUCUUGCUCCGUCCGACGUGCAAAGAGGUGGUUUCGCGCGGUACCGAUUACUAA